CACCAGCAAAGAAAAUGUCACUUAAUGCUGACGCUGGUAAUUGACCGAAGUGGUUAUUUCGACCUCGGUCGCAUAUUUUAACAUUAUAUAGCUUAAUUACACAGCUUCGUAGUUAGGCACUAUGAGUACUAUGUUUGCAGACACGAUACUUAUAGUUUUUAUAUCAGUUUGUACAGCGUUGUUGGCGGAAGGUAUAACCUGGGUGUUGGUGUACCGCACAGAUAAAUACAAGAGGCUCAAAGCCGAAGUAGAAAAACAAAGCAAAAAGCUUGAGAAGAAGAAGGAGACAAUCACGGAGUCUGCUGGGCGUCAACAGAAGAAAAAGAUAGAGAGACAGGAGGAGAAACUGAAGAACAAUAAUAGAGAUCUCUCAAUGGUGCGGAUGAAGUCUAUGUUUGCCAUUGGCUUCUGCUUUACAGCAUUAAUGGGCAUGUUCAAUUCUAUCUUUGAUGGUCGAGUUGUAGCGAAGCUGCCCUUCGUUCCUUUGUCCUACAUCCAGGGCCUUUCUCACCGUAACCUUCUGGGGGAAGAUUACACUGACUGUUCCUUCAUCUUUCUCUACAUUCUGUGCACCAUGUCCAUUAGACAGAACAUUCAGAAGAUUCUGGGUCUGGCUCCAUCUCGUGCUGCCACCAAACAAGCUGGUGGAUUUUUGGGACCUCCUCCACAAGCUGCCAAAUUCUCAUAAACUCUGAGGACAAUAAACAAGCUCUCUUCUGUUGGCUGCAGGAAAUGGCUCCCUCUAGUGCACAUCAAGCAUCCAACACUAUGAGAACAAUAUUUAAAUGAAGCUACCACUGCAAUCACUGUAUUUUUUCUGAUUUGGUUGAACAAAUCAGAUAAUUUUGGGACUUGAUAACUCUGAGGUUAUGUAUUAAGAUUUUAAAUGACAAGAGAAUUGUCAUAUGGAAAGCAUAGCAGCUGUAACGAUAUAAUAACCAAUAAUUCGUUGUUUUUUGGGGAUUAGCACAACUUUUCAGUAAACUAACUCACUUAAGUGUUGAAUGUCAUGCACUGCUAUGUAACACCAAAAAUUAUUAAGCAAGUCAGCUGUUAGAAAUCUUCACUCUGCAUUUGUGACAAGCCUCUUAUUGGUCCCUUAGGCAAACAGUAUGGAAUACAGAGAAAGAAUACUACCGACUAAUUCACCUACAGUUAAAUGGUAAUGUUUAGUCCUUUUAUUAUGGGAUUUGUAACCGUUGAAUCAUUUGUGAUCAUCCUGCAAAGUGCAGGUGGCGAUUGCAGUGUUUUUCAUUUUACUACAGAAAACAAAUUGAUGCUAAUCUGUACUUUUGGGCGGAUUUUAGACAGACAAGUAAUACUUUUUUUUUACAACUCAUACAUUUUUGUUACCUUUUAAGAUUUAAACUCAAAGACUUAUUUUUGUUUAGGAGUUUGGUCAUUAAUUUAUGUGCGAGGAAGUGAAAUAAAAACAUUGAGUUGUAUUCAUUUUCUAUUAUGCAUUGUUAAUUCUAUUUUAAGGUACUGAAGUGUCGUACUGAAAUAAAAUAGAAUCUUACAUCA